GCCUAACACAACAACAACACCCCUCAAGAUGAUGCUGGCGAACGGUCUCGUGUCGGCGGUGCUUCUGGUGGCGGCGAUAGGGUCGGUCGAAGCAACCUAUGGCAAGACUCGACAGCAGUGCUACCCCAAGACUCAAUACGUGACGCAGUACCAGACGGAGUACCAGAAGGUGCCGGUGUACGAGACGGUCUACAAGGAUAGGGUCGUGCCCACCACCCUGUACCAGACCCAGUACCAAACCCAGUACCAGACCCAGUACAAGACCGAGUACGUGCCCAGAUACGUCACCAAGACCCAGUAUCAGACCCAAACCCAGUACGUCACCAAGUACCAAACCCAAUACCAGACCCAAUACGUGCCCAAAUACGUCACCAGCACCCAGUAUGUCCCCAAGUACGUCACGCAGACCCAGUACCAGACCCAGUACCAGACCCAGACCCAGUACCAGACGGUGUAUAAGACUGAGUACCGCCCCCAGUACGUCACCACGACCCAAGUGCAGUACCAGACGCAGUACCAGACCCAGUACCAGACCCAGUACCAGACGGUCACCAAGAACCAGCAGUCUUACGUGACGGUGUGCCCCAAGCCUUCCUACGGCGGCUAUAACUGAGGCUCACCUGUCUGUCUUCGCUUUUUACCUGUGUGAGCUUACUUAACCGACGCGAUGUUCAGGAGAAGCUUGUAUAAUCGUGUCUUUGUUACCCCGGCCAACUAGUCUGUACUGCAUUGUCAUAAAUAAACGAAUGGAAACGAAAA